CUGGGGCGGGCGGGGAGCUGAGAGCUGCCAGCGAAGCGAGCCAGGGGGAGCCCCGGGCCGGGAGGGAAGGGAAGGCGGGAGGAGGAGCAGGGACUGGCGAAGGAAGCCCCGGGGAGGAGGAGGAGGAGGUAGGAAGCCCCUCGCCCCUCUCCGCCUCCAGCCACCGUCCCCAGUGUAAGCGCCCCAUGGCCGCGGCCAAGGCCGAGAUGCCGCUGCUGCCCUCGCUGCAGAUGGCCGACCCCUUCGGCGCCUUCCCGCACUCGCCCCCCGCCAUGGACGCCAACUACCCCAAGCUGGAGGAGAUCAUGCUCCUGGCCGGAGCCGGGCCCCACUUCCUCAGCGCCGCCGCGGGCCACGAAGGAGGAGCGGCAGGGGGAUUCAACCCCUCCGCAGACGCGGCCGAGCAGUCCUUCGAGCACCUCGCUGCAGACGCCGCCUCCUUCGCGGAGCUACCCCUGGGCGGCGAGAAGGGCCUGUCGGAGGGCGUCUUCCCGGGGCAGCAGGGCACCACGCGCCUCCCGCCGCUGGCCUACACGGGGCGCUUCUCCCUGGAGCCCAGCGGCAACAACGGCGGCCCGCACCCGCUCUGGCCGGAGCCCCUCUUCAGCCUGGUCAGCGGCCUGGUGGGCAUGGCCAACGCGCCCACGCUGCCGCCCCUCUCCUCCUCCUCCUCAUCCUCGGCACCCUCCUCCUCUUCGUCCUCCUCCUCCUCUUCGCCCAUCCUGCUCUCCGCUUCUUCGUCUUCCUCGUCGGGCCAAGGCAGCGAGGCAGGGCCUAUCUACUCGGCGGCGCCCACCUUCCCGGGCCCUUCCUCCGGCUCCGGAGACCUCUUCUCGGAGCAGCCCUUCUCCGGCCCGCAGUUCCCGCCUCCUCCGGCUUACCCCUCGACGGCGGGCAAGGGCGGCUUCCAGCUGCCCAUUAUCCCGGACUAUCUCUUCCCGCCGCCGCCGCAGCAGCAGCAGCAAGCCUCACAGGCGUCGGAGCUGGGCCUGGGCGAGCAGAAGCCCUCCUUCCCGAGCCCGCAGCCCUCGCUGACGCCGCUCUCCACCAUCAAGGCCUUCGCCAGCCAGAGCAGCGCCGGAGGGGGAGGGGGCGCGGGGCAGGAGGCGGCGGGCGGCAAGGCCCCUGCUCCCGCCCCGAGGGCCCCGCGCCUGCGCAAGUACCCCAGCCGCCCCUCCAAGACGCCCCCGCACGAGCGCCCCUACGCCUGCCCCGUCGACGCCUGCGACCGCCGCUUCUCCCGCUCCGACGAGCUCACCCGCCACAUCCGCAUCCACACCGGGCAGAAGCCCUUCCAGUGCCGCAUCUGCAUGCGCAACUUCAGCCGCAGCGACCACCUCACCACCCACAUCCGCACCCACACCGGGGAGAAGCCCUUCGCCUGCGACGUCUGCGGGAGGAAGUUCGCCCGCUCCGACGAGCGCAAGCGACACACCAAGAUCCACCUCCGGCAGAAGGACAAGAAGGCCAACAGCGCCGCCAGCGCGGCCGAGAAGGGACCCUCGGGCCCGGCGCCCUCCUUCCCCUCGCCCGUGACGUCCUACUCUUCUUCCCCCGUGACCUCGUACUCCUCCUCCCCCGUGACGUCGUACUCUUCUUCCCCCGUGACGUCAUACUCCUCCUCGCCCGUGACGUCGUACUCCUCCUCGCCCGUGACGUCGUACUCUUCCCCCGUGACGUCGUACUCUUCCCCCGUGACGUCCCCCUUCCCCGCCUUCCCCUCCACGGCUACCAACUACGCCUCCUCCCCCUUCCAGAGCCAGGGCGCCAAUUUCUCCUCCCCGUCGCCCUCCUCGGGGCUCCUGGGCAGCCCCUUCGGCCCCCAAGUGACUCCUUCGGCCCUCUCCGACCUGGCCUCCUCCUUUUCCCCGAGGGCCAUCGAGAUCUGCUGAGGGGAAAUGGCGGGAGGCCCGGAAGAGACGCCAAUCAAGCUCUCUCCACCAUAGGAAGCAUUGGCAUGGGCAAACGUCGGCCCUGGAGGUGUUUUGGACUUGAACUCCCACCAUUCCUGGCCUCAGGCCCCUUCCUUUUCC